AUUUAUGAGACUAAAAAGAGAAAGUUCCCAGAUUCUGACCUGAAAGUUCUUGGUAAUUUCCCAAAACAAAAGCAAACCAAGGCGUAAAAUUUCCUUUUAAUUUUCCCGCUUUCUUGUUUGUCUUUAAUCUUUUCAUCCUUUAAUUGGAUUCCCUAUUGAGCCCUAAAGAACCCCUUUUUAAUUUUUCAAUUUCUAGUGUGUUUUUGUGAAGAUCAAUAAGAAUUAGAUCAGAUCAGAUCUGAACGAGGGUUCGUGUUUUUGAACCGAGAAAAUGCAAAAAAACUUCAUGGAGAAAAGGGGAUUAGAUCCUAGUAGUAGCGAAGAGGGUCAACCCGAUAAGAAGAGACCAGCUCUCGCUAGUGUUAUUGUUGAAGCUUUAAAGGUCGAUAGUUUGCAGAAACUUUGUUCAUCAUUGGAGCCGAUUCUUCGAAGAGUUGUUAGUGAAGAAGUUGAGCGUGCCUUGGCAAAGUUGGGCCCAUCAAAACUUAAUAAUGGAAGGGUUUCACCAAAGCGUAUAGAAGGUCCCGAUGGAAGAGACUUGCAACUACAAUUUAGGUCCAAACUAUCCCUCCCUCUUUUCACUGGUGGAAAAGUAGAAGGGGAAAGAGGUGCUGCAAUCCAUGUAGUCUUAAUUGAUGCCAACACAGGUCAUUUGGUGACAUCAGGUCCCGAAUCAUCAGUCAAACUAGAUGUGGUGGUGCUUGAAGGUGAUUUCAACAAUGAAGAUGAAGAAGGAUGGAGUCAAGAAGAAUUUGAAACUCAUAUGGUAAAAGAAAGAGAAGGAAAACGACCACUUUUAUCUGGAGAAUUACAAGUGGUAUUGAAAGAAGGUGUGGGGACAUUAGGCGAAUUGAGUUUUACAGACAAUUCUAGUUGGAUAAGAAGUAGAAAGUUUAGACUUGGGCUUAAAGUUUCCUCAGGAUAUAGUGAGGGAAUUCGUGUUCGUGAGGCAAAAACAGAUGCCUUCACAGUCAAGGACCAUCGAGGAGAAUUGUACAAGAAACAUUAUCCACCUGCCCUAAACGAUGAGGUUUGGAGAUUGGAAAAGAUUGGUAAAGAUGGAUCAUUUCACAAGAAGCUUAAUAAAGCAGGAAUAUUUAGUGUAGAAGAUUUUCUUCGCCUUGUAGUGAGAGAUCAAAAGAAGCUAAGAAAUGUACUUGGGAGUGGCAUGUCGAAUAAAAUGUGGGAUGUUCUUGUGGAGCAUGCAAAGACUUGUAUUUUGAGCCACAAACUAUAUGUUUAUUAUUCAGAUGAUGUGAGAAAUGUUGGUGUUGUUUUCAACCAUAUAUAUGAAUUAAGUGGCUUAGUUGCUGCUGGACAUUACUAUGCAACAGAUGCCCUUUCCGAUGAUCAAAAGGUGUUUGUAGAUACCUUGAUGAAGAAGGCAUAUGAUAACUGGAUGCAUGUGGUUGAAUAUGAUGGAAAAUCAUUUUUAGGGGCUCAUCAGGAAAAAACAGCAGCUCCACAAAUCGAUAUGGGAAUCGGUCAACAAAGCUAUUCAAAUUCGUUUGACCAUCAACAACUCAGUCUACCUCCUCCAGCCCCUCAACAACAACAACCUGCUCUCAAUCCAGGCGUCACCACUGGAGGUUAUGAUGGUACUUCACACAACAUGAAUCUCAAUGCACCUACUCAAUUCGAUUCCUCCUCAUUCACUUUGAUCAACAGCUCUCAACACCCUCCCAGGAAUGAUAACAACAUCCUGGCCCUUGGAUUAACACAACCAUCCACCCCCGGAUUCCUUUCGGGACCCACCAACACAUUGAAUUUGAGUUCUUCAUUUAGAGGAUUAGAUGACUACUUUCCCGAAGAAGAAAUCCGAAUGAGAAGUCAUGAAAUGCUUGAAAACGAAGACAUGCAGCAUCUGCUUCGGUUGUUCAACAUGGGUAGUGGUCAAACCCCUGGUGGCCAUGGUCAAACCUCCGGUGGUAGCCAUGUUAAUGAAAGCUAUUAUCCAUAUUCAUCGGGUUAUGUGCCUAAUACACCUUCAAAUUUUGGGUAUGGAUUUGAUGUGGAUAAAACACGUACUUCUGGGAAAGCAGUGUUGAAUUGGAAGACCCAUAAUUGGGAUUUCCUUUUUUUAAGGGUAGGUUUUGUUAGUGAUUCUUGUCAACCGUUGGAUUGAUUUGGCAAAGAUCAUUGAAGGUGGGGAUUGUGCUUGAGGUGACUUUUGGAAGCUCAGAAAAGCUGAGCUUUUGGAAUGGAAGGGUGUAAUUUCAGUUAUACAGUGAUUUGUUUGAUGUUUUUUGUCUUAGUUUUUUUUUUUUAAUUGUGUUGUGUUGUUAAAAUGUGACAACAACUUUCUGGUGUAUGCUAUGAUACAAUUUUUAAUAAUAG